GGACAUUUUUAUGUUCCCAGAACCAACACUGAAUAUAUAGAGAACGUUCUUAUAACAAAAGUCUGUGGGGAGACGCUACUUUGUGUUGCUUCGGGUGUGGUUUCCUUCAGAUAUUUUAAGUUGGCAUGGUUCAGUUUCUGUUUUAUCUAGCCCUCAAAAACAUGUAUUUUUUUGGAAAACAAAAGAGUCUUUCAUUCAUUUAAGUGCCAUAAAAACAGAUUUCAUUCACUUGGGUCAGUUGUGUGUCUUAGUUUUGAGCCUAUGUUUCAUAAUGUUUAGGUCUAUUAAUAUUGGUUCUUUAGCUCUUCCUGUGAGAACAGCAACAUAUUUAAAUAUCACACUCACACUUACAUCACUUCAUAGAGGGCAUUUCCGCUAUGGAUCCAAGAGAACAAUGAUGCUUCUUUCAUGUUAAGUGUGAUACUGUACAUCACUAUCCAAUGCAAUCCUUAUUCAAUAAAUUAAAACAAUAUUUAAUAAUGAAAGAUAGUAAAUUUCCAUGCGAUAAGAUUAGAAUAGAUUGAUAGAUUGAACGUUUUUAGUUGAGUUUUCGAUGCUAAUUGUGAACCACUAAAUUAAAUACAGAGCAACACAGUUUCAAAGACAUCAUGACACUAACAUUUAUUAAAUAUAUUGUGAAAAUCUCGGUGAUGUUACUGGGCAGACAAGGUAGAAAAUAGCCUACUAACAAUAUAAAAUGACAUUUACACAGCCUUGCACAAGCUUAGAUAAGCUAAACGAUGACUGAAAUUUUGUAUUAUGAGCACUUCUUGUUUUUAAUAGCCUCUUUAUGACGAAUCGCUUGUUGUAUUGUUAAUUUAUAAGUCGCUUUGGAUAAAAGUGUCUGCUAAUGAAUGUAAAUGUGUAGGUUAAAGAACGUGACGACACUUCAUUACAUCAUCGUCACCACAACCAUUUAGUUCAUACUGAGCCUCCCAGAUAUUUACUUUCACUUAUUAGUGAAACAAAGGAACAAAGCACUUUUUUUCAAUUUCAGUCUGCAGUCAUCUUUCUGAAAACACUGAAAAUGAAGCUGGAAGUUAUUUUUCUCUUAUUGUUGUGUGCAGCAGUGGAUGGUUUUUUCGGUGUUGGUUCAGAUGUGUCAGUGAUAGAGGGAGAUUCAGUCACUUUAUACACUGAUCAAGAAACAAUCCAACAAGAAGAGAUUAGAUGGUAUUUUAAUGAUGCUCCCAUCACUGAAAUCACUGGAGAUCCCAAUAACACUUGUACAGAUGUUCAGUGUAAUGAAGGCACUGAGAGAUUAAGAGACAGACUGAAGCUGGAUCAUCAGACUGGAUCUCUGACCAUCACAAACAUCAAAACAACAGACUCUGGACUGUAUAAACUACAGAUCAGCAGCAGCAGUGACAGUCUUUCUCAACUCUUCCAUAUUUCUGUUUAUGAUGUUUCUGAUUCUGAACGAGAUGAAGUGAAGGGAAAGUCAGUGAUGAAGGGAGAAUCUGUCACUUUACAUCCUGGUGUAGUAAAACACCCAAAUUAUUUGAUGAAAUGGGUUUUUAAUGACGUUCGCAUUGCUGAAAUCAAUGGAGAUCUCAGUUUUAUCUGUACUGAUGCUCAGUGUUUAUAUGCUGAUGAGAGAUUCAGAGACAGACUGAAGCUGAAUCAUAUGACUGGAUCUCUGACCAUCACAAACACCAGAACUGGAGACUCAGGAGAAUAUAAACUACUGAUAAGCACCAUCAGAUUCAGCAUCAUAAAGAGCUUCAUUGUUAAUGUCAAUGGUUUUGUUGGUGUUGAUACCGAGAAGGUUACAGUGAUGGACAGAGAUUCAGUCACUCUAAACACUAAUGUUGAAACAAACCAACAAGAAGAGAUUAGAUGGUAUUUUUAUGACAUCCGUGUAGCUCAAAUCACUAGAGAUCUCAGUUUCAUCUGUACGGAUGUUCAGUGUAAAUAUAGUGAUGAGAGAUUCAGAGACAGACUGAAGCUGGAUCAUCAGACUGGAUCUCUGACCAUCACAAACACCAGAAGCACAGACUCUGGAGAUUAUCAUCUUGAGAUCUUCAGCAGCAGCAGCAGCAGUCUCAAGACCUUCAGUGUUUCUGUUUAUGGUGUUUCUUCUGCUGAACAAGAUGAAACGAAGAGAAAUUCAAUGAAGGAGUUAGAAUCAGUCUGUGUGUCUGCAGCUGCUGUAGCAGGAAUAUGUGCUGCUGCUGUUCUUGUUGUUCUGCUGCUCGUUGCUGCUGCUGCUGUAAUUUACCGUCGCAAGCGUCAGGCAGGACAAAAUGAGAUCAGGAUGCAGUGCAUUGAUCAGAUGAAUGUUGUUGAAGAAUCGUCCUUGACACUCUCCUGCCAGUGAAUCAUCCACUAAUCAGACUGAGACUGCCAAUAAGACAUCAUUUAUUAUUUUGGUAAUACGUUACAAUAAGGUUCAUUAGUUAACUACAUUAGUUAGCAGCAUGAACUAAUAAUGAACUGCACUUCUACAGAAUUUAUUAAUCUUUGUUGAUGUUU